CGAAAAAUGUGUUUAUAUGACAUGUCACUUCCUUUUCACGUUGCGUGUUCAAACGACGUUGAUGUAUAUUAAAGAAGGUGCCUGUUGGUAUUGAGAUUGACUGGUCUUUAUGAUCUGAGAGGUAUAACACACAAGUCAUGACUACGGAGGCACCUUUAAACUUGGCACAUCAGCAGGACAGGAAGGCUGACAGAUAUGUGACUGUUGGCAGAUUUCAAGAAGCCAUUGCUUGUCAUGAAAGAGCUGCAGAGUACAUCAAAAAGGCUAUGAAAGUGACAGACGUACAACAAGCAUUGACGUCUUUGGAGUUGCAGUAUACCAACCAUAAGAAACAACACAAGGUGAUCAUGGAUAAACAACGAAGACAUGAACUUAUGCUGAAAAUAAAAGCCAUGAAAUUGGAAGAAAUGAAAGCCACGCCGGAUGGAAGUAGAAUAAAUUUCGAGUCUGGGAAUGAGGAUGCUGAGAAUACAAAUAUAUUAAAUGGUAAUAGUGAACCGAUGAUAAAAUACAAUCGAUGUAAUGAAGAGACUGAUUCGCUAUUGCAGUUUCUUAAUGGACACUCUACUCAUAAUCCACACUUCGAAGAAAGCACUGCAUUCAUUCUGGCCGCUUCCACUAAAGAAAUCCCCAAACAAUCUUUAACACGAACCGCUGAAGUUCUACCAUCAGAUACAAUUGCUGUAUCGACCAAUGGGGCAAAGUUACCCAAUGAUAUUAAUGAUUACGUUCAUGAGCUUCGGAUGCAAAAUCUGGAAUACCGAAAUCAUAUUAUCAAGUUGACUCGGGCACUAGAGUCUUGCGAGGAAGAAAAUCAAGAACUGCGAGAGAGUGUGCAAGGUCUAAAAAGACAGAUGGAUGAACUUAAAAGUGUUGGUUUGACAGCACUACACAGGGACAUCAUAUCAGGGCUGAAUACUCCAUUUUCACAUAUUUCAACAGAAGUGGAUGCAACUCCACCGACUGCACCACCUCCCUUAGCACCACUGGAAAUGCCAGAUUUCAGCUUUGAUAUUGCUAAACUCGGUUCUUCACCACCAUUGUAAAUAAAGCCGUCAUUCAAUCUAUACGCCCCUGCAGAUUGCAAACUUCUCUCCUUGUUAAAAUGUUGCGUGGUACUGAUAUAUGGGUUGCAACAAUUAUCGUAUUCUUGAUGUCUUUACUCCAAUAGAAGCACAAUACAUUUCUUAUUUUAAAAUAUAACGUUUUUUGAUCAGACAUGUUUGUAAUUUUCCUAAACAUGUGCUGCUAAGAGAGCAGAUACAGUUAGUAUAUGGGUUGCAUUUAUAUAAUGUUUUAAAAUGAACAAUGAUUUCACAAGCAGGUGGCUUUGUCUAAUUGCAAAGACUUUCUCACUAAAUACAUUUACCUGUUGUCUGGAUGCUAAACAAUCACUCAGUUUAAAAAUUUCAACAGGACUACUGCAGUUGAUCUCUCUGCUGUAAUGUCAAUCUCCAUGGUCUCGCUGUAACUUAUUAUUGGAACUUGUAAUAGUUUAAAUGCAAAAAUAUAUUCUGCUCUUGCCUCUUGCUUGGUUGCCAUCAAUGCUGCUGUUUCUGAAAUAUCCUCAUACUGAUUCCUAGAUGGCAUUUUUUCAACAUUUCCUUUCUGAAGGUGCAGAGAUAAUCCAGUUUUGGAACCAACUAGACCAAAUUAACUAGAAAGGAUUAGUAUCAAUUGACUGAAUAUUUAAUGGCAAUUGUAAUAUCAUUGUGGUUUCAUCCACAAGAGUGAUCUAUUUUAAUGCCAUGUCAUCUUGUGUUGUGGACGUUAAUGCGAUGAAUAAAAUAUCCAAUAUGUCCAAGAAAAUA